AUGCCACUCUUCUAUCACGGCCCAGUGUCCCAAUCUAUGCCACUUACACCCCCUGAGACGUAUGGACACUAUAUUGACAGCGCUUAUGGUUCAAGUUCAUUUCCAACCUCACAAGCGAGCGUUUUCCACAAACAAAAACCAGCAGUGUUUUACUCCGCUCGACCGGUUGAGAUGAACGGUGCAUCCGAGCAAGUCCCUCAGAUGUUGCCAGUGCCUGUGGUACGACCGGCAUUCUUCCCGGAGGACGAUCGGCAGCAGCCAUCUUAUUUUGCGCCUUCUCAGCCUGAGGCUACCCAGCAGGCUGCCACCAGUGCUUCGCAACUACAACCUGUUAGGAUGCCGAAGCAUACAAUCAACAAAUAUCACCGAACUUCAACUUCAAAGCCUCAGCAAUCAGCUACCAAGGCAAAGGAGGAAAAGAUUGGUGGUGUUGCUGCUUACCUUGAUUACGAAAUGGGUCAGAUGACUGAUUUUGUUUCGGAGAUGGCUCAGGGAAUGUAUGACAUCUUUGUCUCCAAGAUUCAUCUUGCAGAUAUUGACAUGGCUCGAAGUGUUUUGAAUUCCACAUCCACACCAACCCGCGAAUUUCGCAAGUACGUCUUGCAAGUAUUGUCAUCGACUCGUCUUCCCAGCUCGACAAUCCUACUCGGUUUGCUAUAUCUCUCUAAGCGUAUGGUGCUUCUGUCGAGUCGUGGUCACUACAUCCAACGAUCUCAGGAUGUGUACUCAAUGCUCACGAUAGCUCUUGUCCUCGGUUCCAAAUUCUUAGAUGACAAUACCUUUCAGAACCGAUCAUGGUCAGAAGUCAGCAACAUCUCGAUCAGUGAGAUCAAUCGCCUUGAGUAUGAAUGGCUUGCUGAUAUCAAGUGGGACAUGCACAUUGACCAGGGUGAUCCUGACGGUUUUAGACUCUGGCUCAAGCAUUGGGAACAUUUCUGCGCGAGAAGGACUGACGUAUCAUUGGCUACGUCAAUGGACCAAACUCAUCUCGACAGCUCAAGCCCGACGAGUGCGCCACACAGUGCGCAAAAUUUACCUCCUCUUGAUACUCAGCUGAUCUAUUCGCGAGGGGAUGAUUUGCCAAGGGCGAAAGUCGCCUACGCCGACCAAGGUAUCUGGAAUACGGCCCAAUAUACUCAGUGGCAACAAUCGCAGGGGCGCUAUUCUCCACCUUCCGCUUCCGAAUCAGGUCCACAUACACCGGAUGCCUACGGGCUUCUCAACUCAUAUGUCUAUGGAUCCCAGAUCAUGCAGGAUAGUCUGAAAUUACCGUCGGCUCAGGGUCUACUGCCGCAUCGUCAGUCAUCGGAUUUGUCGCUUCCAUAUACCCCGCAGUAUAGCUACUAUGACGCUAGCUACUAUUGUCAGAACAACAGUUAUCGACUACGCCCAGAGGCACCCUACCUCGCCUGUGCGUAG